UUGACGUUAAGUUUCAAUUUGAUCACACUGUUGUCUGUUAUCAAACAAUUGAUAAUCGUUUUAAAAUUGAUACUCGUAAUUAUAUUUUAAAAUGAGUUCAGAAAAAGAUCCUCUUGUGGGCGAAAGAUCUGGAAUUGUUCGGGAAGUAGGAAAUCAUGCCAUAUGGAGUUUAUCUUCUUGCAAACCAGGCUUUGGUAUUGAUCAGCUACGAGACGAUUGCAUGGAUACCUAUUGGCAAUCAGAUGGACAGUUGCCUCACCUUGUAAACAUUCAAUUUCAACGUAAAACUAUGGUCUCACAUAUAUAUAUUUACACGGACUACAAGUUGGAUGAGAGUUAUACACCUAGCAGAAUCUCCAUAAGGGCAGGAACACACUUUAAUGAUUUACAAGAAAUUGAAGUUAUAGAGCUCAUUGAACCCAGUGGUUGGGAGAUGAUACCAAUAAAGGACAUCCACGAGCGACCAAUCAGAACAUAUAUGAUUCAAAUAGCAGUACUGAGCAAUCAUCAAAAUGGCAGAGAUACCCAUAUGAGGCAGAUUAAAAUACAUUCUCCUUGUGAGCCGACAUCAUUUGAUAUGAAUAAGUUCCGAACAUUCUCCACUGUACAAUUUCAACAAUAUGCAACAAUUCGAUAACCUUCUAACUUAUGUAAAUACUACAGUACCAAAUUCUUUGUGUUCAACUCCCAUGUUAUAUAAUAAAAGUAAAUAAAAUGGCCUUAUAAUUUAAUAGCAUAAAAUAUUUACAAUAAAAAUGAAUACCCAUUGUA